AUGCGCCUCGCCUUCGGUGGGCUUCUUGUCAUCUUGCCACAUGCAUCAGCUGUAUGCGCGGGCGCGUCUGCGGCGGAAGAUACUGCCGGCCCAAACUGCAACCUUGACAAGCGACCCCAGCAACCUGCGCUCCAUAACCGAUCCGGCCCAGCGGACUCACCGGACGACAGGGACAAGAGGGUUUGGGAGGAGAUCAAGGCAGGUGAUGCGAUGGACAUCGCUGCAGGUCGGAUUAGCAGCCUGGUCGUGGGUGCCAUCAAAGGAGACUCUGGUGACAAGCUCGCCAAGUCUGCUUUGUCUUCCGUUUUGGAUCUGGGGGUUGCUGCGAUAAGCGCCAAAGCCCCUUUUGUGGGGCCGUUCGUCGACAUCGGCAUCACCAUUUUCAAGGAUCUCGUACUGGUCUCCUCGCCACCUCCUCCUUUGAUGACAGAGGACGACGUCAAAAAGAUGCUUGAGAAGUUCCAGGUUCGUGCAGGAGGAUACCAUCAGGCUGGUUGCCCCCUGGUUGGGCGGAAGGCAGCCCUGGAGCCACAAGCCGCCUCCCCGACCACUCUCUGCCCGUCCAGAAGUGGCUUUGAGGUGACCGUGGCCUUCAUCUACUUCUUCGUGCCCGCUAUGUUGCAAGUCCAGCUCCUGGAUUGCGAGGCACUCCCGAUGCACGAUCAAAGCGACCGCAAAUCCGAGCAGUUUCUAAUCCGUGGGACCACCCUUAAGCGCGCGAAGGAGACGACUCGCUGGAUGGUGGACAACGCCCUGGGGCAUCGCCUGGGCCAGAUCCACUCCGUCGAAAGCCAACGCGACGACAAGGACAUGGUUUGUUUGGACAGCCACAUGGAGUAUACGCGCCGCAGGCAGCAACACAUGAAAGAGAAGGUUGGACGCCUUCAGGCGGCUUAA